AUGAAGCUCAAGAGAUCAUUUUUACCAAUCUUCUUGUUUUUCCUUAUAACCUUACACUCUGUUUCUGAAAUCUGCUUCAAUGGUUACUUUCAACUCUAUUCUACUUACGACUUAAACCGUCGUGUACUCCUCUCAUCGCUUGCUUCUAAUGUCACAACUCACAACGGAUUUUACAGCUCCUCCAUGGGCGAAAAUUCCAACCGAAUCUUCAUCAUUGGCAUGUGCAUCCCUGGGAUUGAACCAUAUAAAUGUUCAGUUUGCAUUGAAGGCAUAGCCGACCACAUGUUAAGUCGCUGUUCUAACGAAACCAUUGGUUAUGAUUGGAUAGAUUUUUGUAUGGUUCGUUAUUCCAACGUUUCCUCCUCUGGAUCACUUAUUAUGGAACGAUCAGGAGUGGCGUCCAACUCUGAGGAUGUCGGUGUUGAUUUGGUAGUGUUCGAUAGAGUCUGGGAUGAGUUAAUGCUCCGUACGAUCACUGCAGCUUCAAAUGGAUCAUCACCGUUUGCACAUAAGUACUACGCAGCUGAGGUUGCUUCCUUGACAACUUUCCAAACUAUAUACGCAAUGAUGCAGUGUACACCUGAUGUUUCUUCAGGGGAUUACUCUGCAAAGAAAGGUGAACUAGACUGGACAAGACGGUACAACAUUAUCGGAGGAAUAGCUCGUGGGAUUUUAUAUCUCCACCAAGAUUCGAGGCUUAGAAUUAUACACCGCGAUCUAAAAGCGAGUAACAUCCUCUUAGAUGCCGGUAUGAAUCCCAAAAUAGCAGAUUUUGGCACUAUAGCAGAUUUUGGCACUGCGAGGAUUUUUGGAGUUGAUCAAUCCCAAGACGAGACAAAAAGAAUCUGCGGAACACAUGGUUACAUGUCUCCAGAGUAUGCAAUGCAUGGCCAUUUUUCGAUGAAAUCUGAUGUCUAUAGCUUUGGAAUAUUGGUUUUGGAGAUUAUAAGUGGCAGAAAGAAUAGCAGUCGUUACCACAUUGAUGAUUUUUCUGGGAAUUUGGUCACACAAGCUUGGAGGCUUUGGAGAAACGAGUCUCCAUUAAAAAUCGUGGAUCCUACCAUAGGAGAUAUUUCUGAAGCUAUUAGAUGCAUCCAUAUUGCACUAUUAUGUGUUCAAGAAGAUCCAACAGAUCGUCCAUUGUUACCAGCGAUCAUUGUGAUGCUCACUAGUAAUACAACCACUUUACCUGUGCCUCAAGCGCCCGGAUAUUUCCUCUCAACCAGGCAAGAAUUGAACCCUCGGGUUUUGGAGUCUACGCAAUCCACAAACAGAUCUAUUUCAUGUUCUAUCAAUGAUGUGACAAUUACAGAUAUAGAUCCUCGUUGA